GCGGUCGACUUGUGAAUACUGGGACUGCGGGGAGCUUUUGAAGAAACUUUUCCUAUCAAAGAAAAAAAAAAAUACUAAGGAUUUUUCUCCUUCAACAUCUGUCUGGCAGUUACUCCCAGGCCUGGAUUUCAAAUCUAAAACAGCGCCAAGGUUUUGCUUUAAAAUUUUUUUCUUUUGGUUCGUCAUAUAGCUAGUCACAGAAAGGAAGAUGGGGUCGCACUCGUCCAAGGGUGGAGUGGUCGUGGAUGGAAAAGCCGUUGUUGCUGACGCGGCUGCCGCUAAAACUAAUGGCCAGGAGAAUGGCCAUGUCAAGACCAAUGGCGACGUCUCUGCCAAGCCCGAUGGAGAUGCAGCUGCUUCCAAUGGCAACGGAUCAGCGGAAGGGGCGAAGGAGGCCGAGGCCGGCGCAGGAGACGCGAUUGAGCCGGCGCCUGCGGCCGAAGGCGAGGCCGCCAAGUCUGAGGGCGAGGCCGCCAAGGAGACGACCAAGAAGAAGAAGAAGUUUUCCCUGAAGAACUCCUUCAAGUUCAAGGGGAUCUCGCUGAAGAAGACCAAGAAGGCAAGCGGGGAGGCUAAGGAGGAGGCGGCGGCAGCCUCACCCACAGCCGAGGAGAAGCCGGAGGAGAACGGGCCAGCCGCUGAGGCCGCGGAGGAGAAGAAGGAGGAGGCAGCGGCGGAGCCAGCAGUGACAGAGGAGGCCAAGGCGGAGCCGGCGGCCGCUGCUCCCGAGGAGCCCAAAGCAGAGGAACCCGCCAAGGCUGAGGAGGCCCCCGCCAAGACAGAGGAGCAGGCCACUGAGGAGCCAGCCGCACCCGCCGAGGAAACGACGCCUGCACCCUCCGAACCCAAGGAGGAGUGAAUGUACGCACAGAGAACUCUGGGAACUUUUUUCAAGAUUAAAAAAAAAAUAUAUAUAAAUAUAUAUGAAAAGACUUCUUGUGCCACGUACUUAAAAUGUAAAAUAUUAUUAAAAAAUUUUAAAAAAUAUCACAUAGCCGAUUCAUCCACCAGUUCACUGCCUUGGGUAACCUCUGCUGACAGACCCCUACAGCGCCAUUCCCCAAGAGUUCCUGUUGAUGACAUGAGGGUGGGGGGGUAUGGAUUGGACGUCAGUGGAAGGAAUGAAGAUAUUGACUUUUUCAGUACAUGGUAAAAAUGCUACAUGUCUUUUGAAUGGUGUGGCAGCCCCUCCUCUAUGUUACCAAUCACCUCCUAGGAUCUGAAUCUACGACAGCAGCAGUUUUGGAGGAGAGCAAAUGUUCAACACCUAAAGUGACUGUUCUAUGGACAUAAACCUUUCAAAAAUAUCAUUAACUUAGAAUUUUACAUUCCUAUGUUUUACUGCUCCCCCCUCCCCGCCCCAGUUUUAAGUCUUUUGUGCUGUAUAGAGAAAACAUUUUAACGAUGGGGGAAAAGCUUAUAGUCUUUGUUUGUUUACAGUGUAUUUUAAUUCUUUUGGCUAAAAACACAUUUGAGCUUUUCGGAGUCUGCCGUGUUCACAUUUCAAGUUUGUAAUAGGAGACGGAGAGGUGCGUAAAAUGUGAGCCUUUCAUCCGCUUUUCUCUCUGUAAAUACGUUUUUGGCCAUUUUUUUCUUUCUUUAUUUUGCUAACGUUUAAAGAUGUUAAUGGUUUUAUUGUAACGUUAAUAAGGGUGAAUAAAUGUUGGGCCCCU